UGAUUAGGCGGUCUAAUGCGAUUUGUGCGCAAAUAAACGAAGAGAGGAAAGAGAAAGAAAAGGAGAAGAAAAUACGAGAAGUUGGCCGGCUUUUCUAUCGUCGGGCUUGGCACGUUUAACUGAACACGUGACGAGAAAAUCUUCGAUGACGUCAGAGCUGCCCCCUUCCACGAUUGGUCCCCGUUGCAUCGCCCGACGCACACCCCCUUUUUUUUUGGAGGAGGGUCGGUGACUGCGAAAAGUUCUUACAAAAUUGUGCAUACGGAAUUUGUUUUUCUGCUUCUCUCGGCCGGUCGCCCUCUCGCUGCCCACCCCCUCGCCCGGUCCCACGCAACAGCCGCCUGAAGGGAAUUGCGGACUCAAAGGGUGGUUUCAUCAGACGAAGAAGGUGGCGCUCCUGCCUGGCAACGAGGCAGCAACGUACCGGGUGACCCUGAUCGAGACUAGGGGCUCCUACAUAUCGGUGCGCACGAGUCGGCGAAGCUCAGUCUCCUCAGGGUUUCUGAGGAGUGACGUUCUUACCUCUUGUUGACUCUCGACGAUCCUGUGACUAUAAGAAGUCAGUUUUUAGACGAUCGGCAUCUACGUUGACUCGCGUCGAUCGUGUGACUAUGAGAAGUCUGUUUUUAUCCCUUCCACGACCAUCGCGUCAGCGCCCACAACCGAGUUCGGCGAAGAACCAGCUUCCGUGGUGCGCGUCCAACGCGAUGCGAUACCGGACGAUCUACCCUAGUCAAAUUGAGGCAGAGAACUUCAGCGAAAGGGGGGUCGUGCUAUCUUAGGGACUCGUCGACUGCCUCCGGUGGUUGAAACGCAAGUUUCCCCCCGUUCGAGUCGAUUUAAUAGAUUGGCGGUGGGCUUUACCCGUGAGCCUGAGAAACUUCAAUCCAGACGAUAGGCUGUCACUAUGCGUGGAACAACGUCUGCGAGGACUGCCACCAGCAUUGGAGACAUAAUGGCAAGCAGCCGGAAGAAACUAGACCACUUGGUUGCUGGUGUCUCUGGUGGCGUGGCGUCAACUCUUCUCCUUCACCCCCUUGACGUCGUCAAAAUAAGAUUUGCCGUUGAUGAUGGAAAAGUGGGGAAGACUGUGAAGGAUGCCCAAGGAGUUAUGAACGCCAUGAGACUCAUAAUCAGAAAUGAGGGAAUAGCUGGCCUUUAUCGAGGUGUGACUCCAAAUGUAGUCACAGCUGGGAUGGGCUGGGGCCUGUACUUCUGGUCGUACAAUGGCUUGAAGGCAAUGCUGAAGACUGGCAAUGAGAUUGAAGAUAACAGGAUGAGACAUGUACACCACCUACUGGCUGCAACAUGGGGUGGAGUGGUCUCCUUGGUUGUCUUGAAUCCCAUCACAGUUGUGAAGACAAGACUCAUCAUUCAGAAGGAAAGUCCUCGUGCAAUAAUGGCUACCCAUGGUGCACACAGCCUUCACUACUCAAACUCCCUUGAUGCAUUCUUCAAGAUAUACAAAUUUGAAGGACUCCGUGGUCUGUUCAAGGGCUUGGUGCCAGGCUUCUGUGGUGUUGUUCAUGGAGCUAUUCAGUUUGUGGCUUAUGAAGAGAUGAAAACCCUGUAUAACAUCCGUCAAAAGAGACCGCCAAAUCAGAAGCUGACUACUUCGGAGUACCUUGGAUGUGCUGCAGCUUCAAAAGUCCUAGCUGCUGUCAUCACUUACCCCUAUCAGGUUGUGCGUGCACGUAUGCAAGACCAAUACAAAGACUAUAAAGGCAUGGGAGAUGUUGUCACAAAGACUUUCAGACAUGAAGGCCUACGAGGGUUCUACAAGGGGCUUGCUCCAUAUCUCAUGCAUGUGACACCUAACAUUUGUUUGGUGUUCAUCAUCUAUGAGAAACUCACUGCAACUUGAAGAACCCAUAAAGUAUUUGGGAAGGAUUGCUCUUUACAUGCAGUAAACUGGAUUUGCAAGCAGCAAUGCAUGUGAUGUUAGUAAUAAUGGUAGUAGAUGAAGUUCUGAUUUAUCUCAUUUUCCUCAAUCAUGUCUGCAACCUAUACCCCACAUCUUCUGUCCCAUGUUGCCACUUGUCUGAGGUUUCUGGGAAAUGUGUGGUGCUUGAAAAGGAACAAUGGCUAUGUAUGGAACUGUCUGGAAACAAUGCACUGGGGAAUGAACUAUGCAACAUGCAGGGCAAAGCAUGCCCAACCUUACCUGUGAUACUGACUUGUCUCCAGCCUGAUUGUCCCCACUAUCUCAACAGAAUGUCUCCUUACCCGAAGGAAGUGAUCUGCAUUAGACAUUCAGCCUGACAAGGUUCCAGGAAUGGGACUGGGCUUUGAUUUGCAAUUGUGCAGAGCAUUGGACCAAGACAUUCCUCAAAGUGCCAUCCAAUGCUGAGUUCCAGGAAGAUCUGGAUGUCCUGACAAGCAUGCUGCAUUUACCUCAGUGGCGAAUUAGUUUGUGGCAAACUGCCAUUGUGAUGCCCUCUGGAUCAGGCAUAAUCGGAUAUCUCAUGAAGCCCAAAAAAAUUGUGUCUUUCAAGACAGGACUGAUAUUCCAAUUUCUUAGUGUAUAUACAUGGGACAGAACAGACCUUAUUUUAAUUUUUCCAAGUUUAAGACGAGGGUGUGGAGUAGUCAGAAGUGCUUUGUGCUAGUUCUCAUGCCAAUUGUUGUCCCUGUGAUGUGUGAGAAGCAACAGAUGGGUGGGAUUAUGUAGACUUGAGGGUUUCCACCAACCCAUUUGCAAUAUCUUUUGAUCUCUUUCCAUCCAUCCUUGUCUUUGAUGUUUUUCACAUUCCCAACAGUGCCCAUGUUCUUUCCUGAGCAGGUUUCAGGAGGCCUCAAGAGUGUCCAAGGCUCCGUUCUAGAAGCUGGGGAUAUUUAGUUUUUCUCCAUUUCACUAGAGUAAAUAAACAAUGAAUGCA